GGCCCGAGAAGCGGCGUAUUCCUUCCAGAACGUUCCUCCCUCGCCACAGCCAUGCGGCUCUCCGGCGGCGCACGCCUCGCGCUCCUACUCGCCCGCCGCUCCCUCUCCUCCUCCUCCUACUCCGCCACCGCCGCCGCCGCCACCGCCGCCUCACACUACCCGCGCGCGCACAGAGGGAUAUGGACCGACGUGGCCCGCGCGGCGCAAUUACGGAGUUCCCCCUUCUCAUCGCCGAGCAGCGCCCACAGGUUCUUCCACGGGACCAGGCCCGUGGCGGCGAGGGACUACUAUGAUGUGCUCGGCGUCAGCAAGAACGCGAGCCAGGCAGAGAUCAAGAAAGCGUAUUAUGCGCUUGCAAAAAAGCUUCAUCCAGACACAAAUAAAGGUGACGCUGAUGCAGAACGAAAGUUUCAAGAGGUUCAGCGAGCUUAUGAGACUCUGAAGGAUGAGCAAAAAAGAUCACUCUAUGAUCAGGUUGGCCCGGAUCAGUACGAGAAAGCUGCUGCUGGUGGAGGUGGAGCUGGCAAUCCGUUUGAGGGUGGUUUUGGAAAUCCGUUUGAGGAUAUUUUCAGUGGUGGCAGUGGUGGUGGAGUGAAUGACUUCUUUAAGAACAUUUUCAGGGACAGAGAAUUUGGAGGACGCGAUGUUAAGGUUGCACUUGAAAUAUUGUUUAUGGAAGCAGUUCAAGGAUGCACCAAAACGAUCAACUUUCAAACUUCUGUAACGUGUGAAACAUGCAAUGGAGCUGGUGUGCCUCCUGGAACAAAACCUGAAACAUGUCUAGCUUGCAGGGGUUCAGGAUUUAUUCUCAUGCAAACUGGUAUCUUCAGGAUGCAAUCAACAUGCACACAAUGCGGCGGUUCUGGGAAAACUGUGAAGGAAUUUUGCAAGACAUGCAAAGGAAACAAAGUUGUGCCAGGAACGAAAUCAGUUCGCCUCGAUAUACUGCCUGGUUCGGAUAACGACGAUACCAUAAAGGUGGCUAGAUCAGGUGGAGCAGAUCCAAGUGGCUGUCCUGGUGAUCUUUAUGUUACUGUCAAGGUUCGUGAGGAUCCUGUAUUCCGAAGAGAGAAAGGUGAUAUUCAUGUUGAUGCUGUCCUGAAUGUGACUCAGGCAAUUUUGGGAGGGACAGUUCAAGUCCCAACUCUGAGCGGAGAUGUUGUUCUAAAGGUCAAGCCUGGUAGUCAACCUGGUCAAAAAGUAGUUCUGAGAGGAAAAGGAAUCAAGACAAGAAACUCAUCGUACUAUGGAGAUCAAUAUGUCCAUUUCAGUGUCAACAUCCCUGCGAAUUUGACACCGAGACAGCGGAUGCUGAUCGAGGAAUUCGCAAAGGAAGAGCAAGGCGAAGACGAGAAGGAUGCCAAGGCAGCUGGGGCAUCAGGAUAGCCGAUUUUCAGAGCCAUUCGUGUUCCAUUAGUGCCUUAGUUGAUCUUAUAUCAGGAGGUAGAAUAGGCUGCUGCCUGAAAUUCGCAGGUGCAAGAAUAUAGUUGGUUGCGAUGGAAUUUCCGUCUCAGCAUAUAGAUCUUGGUUUCAGAUUUUGUAAAUGGAAUAAUACUACAUCACCCUGACCAAUGUGUGUAAUCUCCUAAGCUCAAUACUAGCAAGACGUGCAGGGACCCUUCUACAAUUUUGUGGAUCAGGGUGACAUGUAAAACACACGGUACCGCUGUCAAUUCAUGAUACACGUGGAGGUUUCGGUUUUCA